UGUGUUAGUUAUUUCCUCGCAGACAGAACAUGUCUCCUCUUUCCCAGAAAAGACAACAAGGGAUAGGAAGCAGAUUCCUGGGCCUUCUGGUGACAAGGAGAACUUGAUUUCAAGCCAUCUGCAUGUUUGAUGCUCCCUCUCUGCUAUGGAAUCCUGGCCUACGCUGGGCUGGCUCCUCUUCCUUAGCUUAAUUGCUGACUGCCUGAAGGGAACGCGGGCGCGGGACUUUACAGUGAAAGAUAUUGUGUACCUUCAUCCUUCAACAACUCCGUACCCUGGUGGAUUCAAAUGUUUUACCUGUGAACAAGCAGUAGAUAACUACGAAUGCAACCAAUGGGCUCCAGAUGUAUACUGUCCAAGAGCAACAAGAUACUGCUAUUCUCAACAUACCCUGGAAUCCAAUGGAAAGAGUGUAUCAGUCACCAAGCGAUGCGUGCCACUGGAGGAUUGUUUGACUACGGGAUGCAUUGCUCUCCAGCAUAAAGGACUCAAGGUAUGCACUUCUUGUUGUGAAGGAAACAUCUGCAACUUGACAUUACCUAGGAAUUCAAGCGAUGCCGUAUUUUCAACAACAACACCUAUAAAUCAUACCCAGAGACAUUGGCAAGAUGCAUCCAUAAUAAUGUUAGGUCUCCUGUCUCUCUUUGCUACGUAGACCUUUUUGGAUAAAUUACCAACUAAACAUCAAGAAAAUCCAAUGGGAUGAAAAUAUUUAUGCACACAAAUAUGAUCUUAAUUUAAUAUAUGUUUUUCAAUGCUUUCUUUUUUUAAGUGACAUUUUAAAACAAUCCUUUGAAUUCCUUUUGGCCUUGGCUGACUCAAAAGCCAUACUUUCUGAUAUGUGUCUUUAAAAAAGGAGGGACUUUUGUUAUAAGUUGAAUGUUCUGAACGAAAACUUUUGUAUAGCCAUUAAAAAUGGGUGUAUUUUUUUUAAACCAUU